AUUUCCCCUAAUAGACACGACACAAAGGUCAAAAUUGAAUUAAACUGUAGUUUUUUUGCCCUUUACAGCCAAAGAGUUAACCUCUCUGAAUACAAAACAAUAGACUACAAAUAAACUUCUCCUUAAUUUACACAUUUCUAUAUAACCAACCUGGGUCAUGCACCAGGUGUACAGUGUGGUCAAAUGUGGGAAACACACACUACGGUUCUAUAAUGACAAAGUUCCUAGUUCAGAUUAUGUGCAACUGGAAAUGUUGUUGGUUAAACCUUUUUAUUCCAUGUGGAUGACAGUAACCCUGGAGUCUGAGUCGACUCUGAUGUCUGUUCUUUAAAAUGUUCCUCUCUCCUUCGCCACAAAGAUCAACUACAUCAUACAGUACAUCCACAUGAAGGAAAGUACGGCACCUGUGAAUGUCACUGUGCUGUAACCCUCCCAUUAAGAUACGCUGUCUACCUCAGUGGCGCCCCCAACCUUUUCUGUACCAUGGACCGGUCUGCCUGUAUCAGCCGACUGGUUAUAUCACAUCAUCAUUGAGGAUAAAUUUACACAAUAAAACAUCUUUUGGACUAUACUCUGUUAGUACUGUUGUAUGACUGAACUAUUGUUUUGAAACAUUAUCUCUUAAUGAACAAAGUAAAGGGAUAUGACUGGAUUCUCUUUGAAUGAAGUAAAUUAGUAAAACUGAACUGCGGCGCUGUACCACAUGACAUACGGACCAGCACUGGUCCCCGCACCAGGGGUUGGGAACCUCUAUUCUAUUUGGCUUCUGCGUCUUGUGAAUGCAGUGUCAGUUACAAACGAUGAUGUUCUGUACAAGACCUGGACUCCUGUUUAAGACGAAACUCAAUGACAGUGUGUGUUUGUUGUUUUAUUGUAUUAAAUGUAUUUAUGCUUCAUUAAAUAUAAAACUCUUAACAACUGUGGUAUGUUCAAGUAAAUUCCAGCUCGGAUCAGAUCAGCUCGGAUUGGAACAGUCAGCCUUGUGUGUACUUAACAAUUUAAUUUUACCAGAUUCACUUUAAUUUAAAAUAAUUUGAACCGUAAAUAUUACUGUCUUUCUUUACUUUUCUCUUUUUUCUGUUUCUAAUAGAGGCAAUAAACGUCUAGUUGGUGAGUGAUUACUUUAAAAAAAUCAUCAUCAUCAUUUGUGUGUUCUUAUAUCUAAUGUUAACACUAACGCGCAUAUAACGUGGAAAGGCUCCGUCUAAUGAUGUAGCCUGUUGCUGUCUCCGUGUGUGCGUGCGUGCGUCCUGACGUGCGUGCGUGCGUGCGUGUGUGUGGUAGGAGGGGUUUUCUGGAGCCACUUGCUCCCUCUAAUUAGCAGCGUGUGCUGGUAAAGAAACUCAGAGGAGCGACCUCACCAAGACGCACAUCCAGUGGCCUGUCACCUGUGCCAUGACUUAACUGAGUGAACCUGAACGCAGCAGCAGCAGCAGCAUCAGCAGCAGCAGUAUCCGUGUGCUCCGCAGUCUGUCAUUCCGUUGUUCCGCCGUUAUACCUAAAAACUUAUCUUUUGGUUUAUUUUUCUAACACUUUUUUUAAGUAUAAUUUAGUUUUCCUGUGUGUGACUUGUUGUGGUGCGUUUGCUGCGCCCCGCUCCCCCCGGUGUCUGUGUCGCACAGACCUGCUGCCACAGCUGAGCUCAGCGGGGCCCUCGGUUGGUGAGUUGCGUGUCCGACCCACAAGUCAGCGACAGGACUUAAAAGCCCGCAGUAAGGAUGAUGUCCUACAUAAAGCAGCCCCAUUACACCAUGAACGGGUUAAAUUUGCCUGGCCCCGGGAUGGACGUGCUUCACACCACCGUCGCUUAUCCAUCCACACCGCGAAAGCAGCGCAGAGAGCGCACCACCUUCACCCGGACACAGCUGGACAUCCUGGAGGCGCUGUUCUCCAAGACCCGGUACCCAGACAUCUUCAUGAGGGAGGAGGUGGCCCUCAAGAUCAACCUGCCGGAGUCACGUGUGCAGGUAAAAGAGGAAUGUGUUGUGGAGCACCUGUAUGUUUUUAUUCACCGCAGCUGUAGAACUCUCCUUACAGGAAGUUCCUCUGUGUUUUUCUGUCACGACUCGUUCGGUUCUAACAUGCUGUAUUUGUUGACACAUCUACAGGUUUGGUUCAAAAACCGCCGUGCCAAGUGCCGUCAGCAACAGCAGCAGAGCAGUGGUCAGUCCAAACCACGCCCUCCUAAGAAGAAGGCUUCUCCGAUCCAGGAGCCCAGUGCCCCUGACCCUGUUCCUAACCCGUCCAGCUCCUACAGCCCCUCUCCGGUCCAGUCAGGCCCAACACUGGCUCCCAGCUCCAGCACUGGAAACACAGCCGUGUCCAUCUGGAGCCCUGCUAUCUCCCCACUGCCGGACCCCCUGGCCUCCUCCGCCCCCUGCAUGCAGCGGCCCUCUCCUUACCCCAUGAGCUACGGCCAGCCGUCGGCCUACACCCAGGGCUACGCCAGCACCACCUCCUACUUCACUGGCUUGGACUGCAGUGCCUACCUGUCCCCCAUGCACUCGCAGUUGUCAGGCACCAGCGGCGCCCUCAGCCCCAUCACCGUGCCCUCCAUGGGUGGCUCCUUAAGUCAGUCCCCGGCCUCGCUGUCCUCGCAGGGCUACAGCACGGCCUCCUCUCUGGGCUUCACCUCCGUCGACUGCCUGGAUUACAAGGACCAGCAGGCCUGGAAACUGGGCUUCACCACAAUGGACUGCCUGGAUCACAAAGACCAGAGCUCCUGGAAGUUCCAGGUGCUGUAGACAGAAGGAGACGAAGGAGACGAAGGCCCCAGGGUUGGUCAGAGAGUCAGUGUGAGGUAGUCAGAGGAGGUUCUGCCCCAGGACUCAGUUAUCAUUCACUCUCACUUUAUUGUUUGUAAGGUCUCGUUUUGUUUUCUAAUGGUGAUUUCUGUAGUGCUUCAUGUGAUUCCAGAGACGUUGCUUAUAGAAGGACGGUAACUACACUGUGAGCAGCCGCGGAGAGCAGCAGAGCGUAUGUGGUGUCUUCAUGUUAUGUAAACUGGAAAAAAAAAAAAAAAAAAAAAAAAAACAGAAACCUUUUAAAGCCCUACCCGGAAACAACAGCUCCACACAUGGACAAGUCUAAUCCAUGACAUGAACAUGUGACUCAGCAUGAGCGUGACACUUUUUGUUCUUUAAACCCAUGUUGUUAUAUAGUUCUUUUAAACUGCUCUAGUAGGAGCAGGCUCUUAAGUGUGGCUGCAGUUAUGAAUCGACCUGGAUUGUUAUUAAAACUAAUGACCAACUCGUUAAAUGACCACUAAACCCAGGACUGUUUGACUCCCAUGUUACUAACAUAUGUCUGUCUUAAGAUACACAACAGAUACAGACCUG